AUGGAGGUGGAACCACGUGAUUCGUCACUAAACGACUUUCCAAAGUCCAAUGCGGCACAAAAUAUCGUCCUGCUGGACAUUAUAAGCGCGGUGCGCUCCAAAUCUGAAGGAGAUGACAGCGCGCGGUUCGAGCCUGGUCUUCCGCAACUGCUCAGCUCAAGCGCUUCUCCGCUCCGCGCCUUCCACUGCGAACCUCCCGUCCCCCAAUCUCCUCCAACUCCCUUCCCCACGUCUCUCGUGCUCUCCCACCGAGAGCAAGUAUUUCUCCUCUCGUCGUUUGUUCCACUUCACACAACUACAAUCUCACUUUCACGUGCCAACAACUGCCUUGCUCACUCCAACCGCGCUCUCAUAUCAGUCGAUUGGGCGCCCGAUGUGAUCUGGAUCGGGCUGGCCGUGUUUUACGGCGGCGUGGGUCAGUUCGUGGCGGGCAUGUGGGAGUUCAAGCGCGGCAACGUCUUCGUCGCCACCUCCUACUCGUCCUACGGCUGCUACUGGAUGGCCGUCGCCAUGCUCAUGCUGCUCGACAAACUCGGCCUCGCGGCUCCCGGGUUCGAUUCGAUGAAGGCACUGGGGUGGUUCCUGUCGGCGUUCCUGGUGUUCAACACGUACAUGACGUUCCUGACGCUGCUGCUCUCCAAGGUCGCCUUCGUCACCUUCUUCCUCCUCGAGCUCUUCUUCCUCUUCCUCGUCAUCGGCUGCUUCCGCAACGACGCCCCCGGCCACGGAUGGACCGCCGCCUCCGGCUACGCGCUGCUCCUCACCUCGCUCGCUGCGCUCUACAUGGCGGCGGCGUCGAUGUUCAACACGCUGGCCAACCGCACCGUGCUGUGGGGAGGCUCUCCCCUCCUAAAGCUCUCCAAGGGAAACUGA